GCCCGUUAAAACACCGAGCGGCUUCGCGCGGACACAUCAGACAGUCCGUCCACACGCACGCACAGAGGGACAGCAGCAGCCGCACCUCCUGUAGACACCGAAUCGCGUCUCAUUUAUACAUUCUGGGUGUUUUAAUACCGAUGAGAACGAUGGUCUGAAAAGAUUUAGGCGAUCAAUUUGUGAAUGUAAUUCCAUUACAUUCAUCUGAUCAGCGCGCGUAAAGGGCCGCUUUGGUUUUACCGUCUCCUCAGUCGUCUUCUCUCUGAGAGAUUCACGUGCCCAUGCGAUUCUUCAGACUCACCUUUAAGUGUUUCGUGGAUUGUUUUUGAAGGUGCUGUUUCAAAUCGGUGUCUUUUUUCUUUUAAGGUCUAUUAUUUAUUUUACAAACGCGCUUUUUGAUAAAACAAACCAACAAAACCGUUGCCAAUUUCGCCGAGAAAAUCAAACUGCCAACGGAAAAAUACAUUCGUUAAGAAUAACACUGCUGAUUUUAUUAAAUAAAAGGAUAAAGGACCAGAUCCUGUGCACCUGAAGAGGAACAAAAGGGACAUCUUGCUGUGAAAAGAAAAUUGAAACUGUCCAAAAACAAUAAGAGAUCAAAUAUUUAUUUUUGACUGCUGAUUUAAGCCCUUCUCGAGUCUUGUGAGGAGGUUGAUUUGCUUUGUUUACACGAGAGAUGGAGAAAUCAUCUCUAGACGCAGACUGCUGCGCCCUGAACAUGGUCCUGGUGGAGGAGAAGAAGGGCCAUCUCAUUCCCAAUGGAAACGCGCAUCAAGGCGUCAAUGGGACCCUUAACGGGGGACCCAUAUCAACGGCCACUGGAGCCAUAUCUGCGGUGGAGAAGAGGCAGGGCUACCCCGAGCGAGAGACGUGGACCAGACAGAUGGACUUCAUCAUGUCCUGCGUGGGGUUCGCCGUGGGUCUGGGGAACGUCUGGCGCUUCCCGUACCUGUGCUACAAAAAUGGUGGAGGAGUGUUCCUCAUUCCCUAUGUGUUGUUCAUAUUUCUGGGAGGCAUUCCGAUAUUCUUCCUGGAGAUAGCGCUGGGUCAGUUUAUGAAGGCUGGAAGCAUCAAUGUGUGGAACAUUGCCCCUCUUUUUAAAGGACUUGGCUAUGCCUCCAUGGUGAUUGUGUUCUUCUGUAACACGUACUACAUUAUGGUACUUGCCUGGGGUUUCUAUUACUUCAUAAAGUCCUUCAAUUCCCCGCUGCCCUGGUCCACCUGCGACAACCCAUGGAACACAGAGAACUGCAUCGAGAUCUUCCGCCACGGCGACUGCCUGAACGGCACCAUUGUCAACUCCACAUAUGGCAACCUGACGUGCGAAGAGCUUGCUAACGGGCGUUCCCCUAUUAUUGAAUUCUGGGAGAACAAGGUUCUGAACAUCUCGGAUGGGCUGGACCAGCCAGGCGUCAUGAACUGGGAACUGACGCUGUGUCUGUUGGCCGUGUGGGUGAUGGUUUACUUCUGUGUGUGGAAGGGGGUGAAGUCAACAGGAAAGAUUGUGUAUUUCACUGCCACGUUCCCGUAUGUGGUCCUGAUUAUUCUCCUUGUGAGGGGCGUUACUCUUCCCGGAGCUUAUGAUGGGAUCAUGUACUAUGUCAAACCUAAUUGGUCUAAGCUAGGAGAGGCACAGGUCUGGAUCGAUGCUGGUACUCAAAUCUUUUUCUCCUACGCUAUCGGGCUCGGAGCCCUCACUGCCCUCGGCAGCUAUAACCGAUUCAACAAUGACUGCUAUAAGGACGCUUUUGUUCUGGCUUUUAUUAAUAGUGGCACCAGUUUCUUUUCUGGUUUCGUGGUCUUCUCCAUCUUGGGUUUCAUGGCAUCUGAGCAAGGUGUGGACAUCUCUAAAGUGGCUGAAUCGGGCCCCGGUUUGGCGUUCAUAGCGUACCCUAAAGCCGUUUCUCUGAUGCCCGUGGCUCCUGUGUGGGCUGCCCUGUUCUUCAUCAUGCUGCUACUGCUGGGACUGGACAGUCAGUUUGUUGGUGUGGAGGGUUUCGUAACUGGCAUUCUUGAUCUUUUCCCUGGAAAGUAUUACAUGCGCUUUCAGCGCGAAAUCGCUGUGGCGAUCUGCUGUUUAUUAUGCUUCAUUAUAGAUCUCUCCAUGGUUACACAGGGAGGGAUGUACGUCUUCCAGCUUUUUGACUACUACUCAGCCAGUGGAAUGACCCUACUGUGGCAAGCAUUCUGGGAAUGCGUGGUUGUCGCGUGGGUUUAUGGUGCUGACAGGUUCAUGGACGAUAUUGCCCGUAUGAUCGGUUACCGGCCAUUCCCGUGGAUGAAGUGGUGCUGGUCCUUUAUAACUCCAUGUGUUUGCAUGGGUAUCUUCCUAUUUCACCUGCUGAACUACAAACCUCUGACCUACAACAAUGUGUAUGUGUACCCGUGGUGGGGAGAGGUGAUCGGAUGGUGUCUGGCUCUCUCCUCCAUGCUCUGUAUCCCCGUUAGCCUCGUGUACAAGCUGGCUGGAGCCAAGGGAUCAUUCAGAGAGCGUUGGGAAAGUCUGACCAAACCAGUGUGGGGAGGCCAUCACCUCGAAUACAUGGCCCCUGACACUGACAUUAAAAGCCUGGCCUCUCUGUCUCCUGGAACGGAGGAGAACAAGGUGAUCAUUUUUGAGAGUGUUAUGUAGAUCAAAGGGAAAUCCUAUGACAACCCUCCUAAGGCAAGCUGGUUGAAGAAAUCAUCAGUAUUUAUUUGACAUUUUAUGGAAUUCUGCAUCAUCUUACAGUCUUAAAACAGCUGAUGGAUAUUGAUGGUUACAUUUGUUUCAUACUACAGAUCCUCUAGCAUGCACAUUACCAGACGUUCUUCCUCUUCCACCAGUUAAAACUGCAGUCUAUACACAAUAAUAAAAAAGGAUGUGCAACGUUUAGUGCAGAUAUCAAGACUUGCAGGACGAAAUCAGCGUGUCUUCGGAGGGAGGGGACAGUAUAGUGUAGCCUAUAACAUCUUUUCACAGAGUGGCAGAAUUCCCACAGGCAACUUUCCUGAACAUGAAAAGGGUCUCUUUGCAUUGACACACGAGUAUCAAAUCUGAGCGAGAAUCACAUGGUUAAAAUGGAAAAAUUGGCCCAUUAUGACAUCCAGAACAAUGGAUAAUAAAUAGUAAUUCACUUUCUCAAAUUCAUAAAAAUCUAAUGCAGAUUUAAACUAAAAUAAUAUGUGCUUCAAUGAACGAUGUUGAGUUUAACGGAUCAGCAAAAAUAGAUACAGAUCUAACCAACAAACUAAACGUGUCUUUGCAGAUUUCAUGUCAAUAAGUUGGUAGUUGCCAAACGAUGCAAAAUCAUUUCUGUAGCUUUCUCUCAAUGUGUCUUCAUCUGAGACAGAUGACCUCAAUACCUGGUGCAUGAUAUCACAGCGUUUACUGUACGUGCCAAACAGAGCGUGACUUUCCAUCUCUCUUCAUGUUUGUCAGGAGAUGGUUUUGGUUGCCAUAAAAAAACAAUAUCUUCCUAGUUCAGCUGAAAUGUACUGCAUGCUUGAUGUGAAGAAAUUCAUAUUUGGAAACAUCUAGAGAGCUUUUAUUAGGCACAGGCAGGCUUUCAAAUGAAUUAGUGGCACUUUUCUAAGGUGCUUGUGAACCAAUCGUUGCAUUUUGUUAAGGAUUGAAUAAAUUAAAGUAUAAAUUGAAGAUGUCAACAUGAAACACCCAUUUUUCAUAAUGCAAUCAAUAACUUGUCACAUUACGGAUUUAAAUUGGGCUGCAAACCGUGUUUCAUGCCGACUUUAAUAGAAGUUUAUGAUUUUUGUUUCAGUUCUACAUUUUGAGUGCCAGUAUUAAUAUGUUCUCUAAUAUUUUUAGUUAAUUUGAAAUCUUAAUGGGAAAAAAAAUCAUUGUACAGUUGUACAUUAUCAUAAAGAUUCCUGUAGCUUUAACUAACAAUUAAAUAUUUUACAGUUUGAACUAGGGCUGUGCAAUAUGGACAAAAAAAAUUAUCAAUUUUAAUCACGAUUUUGAAACAAUAUUUCCUUAAACACAUACUUGUGCAUAUAAUUUUUUGGAAGCCAGCUCUAUUGACGAUAUUUGUGGGCACCAUAUCUUUGCAUAACUGAUAUGUGACAGUGUCGGUUCUUUCUUUAUGCCUUUUUUGAUCUCUUUUCGUAUAUUGAUUUUUGUUCACCUGGUUUGGAAUGAGCCGUUGUUUUUCUAUGUAAACACAUGCUAGACGGACAUCUUUAAAGGGAUAGUUCACCCAAAAAUGAACAUUUUGUUAUCACUCACCCUCAUGUUGUUCCAAACCUGUAUGUGUUUCUUUCUCCUGUUCAACACAAAAGAAGAUAUUUUGAAGAAUGUUGGCAACCAGACAGUUAAAGGUAGCUAUUGACUUCCAUAUUAUUUGUUUUCCUACUAUUGAAGUCAAUGGGGCCCAUCAACUGUUUGAUUACCAAAAUUUUUUAAAAUAUCUUCUUUUGUGUUUAACAAAAAAUCCAAAUUGUGCUUUCUGCGGGUUUAGAAAUUGCACAUGCCCACAACGCGAUUUUAUUACGAAUUGGAUUAAUUGCACAGCUCUAGUUUGAACGCAGAUUGUCAUAGUGGGAAUAUAAGAGAGAACUGAGAAUUGAAAAUCACAAAGUCAAAUGUUUUCCACCUAGAACCACCAAGGUUUUUUUUUUUUUUUGCCAAUGUAUAGACACAUAGUUGCCAAACUUUGCCUUUAUUUGUCUUAAGUUGAGAACCCAUGGACAAAUAGCCAAGAUUAUACCAAGACAAACCGGCCUCAUUCCGACCUGUGGGAAUUCUGCCCUGUAGAGAAUCAACUCAAACACUAAAUCAUUGUGGCGUUAUAGAUGUAAUCAGAAUGUACAAAUUAGACUACAUAAUAUAAGGCUUCAGAAUACAUUUGCACAUUGUUGUAAAAUAAUCUGCUAGCACUUUUUAAUCGUGUUAGAAAGCGUUUUUUUUUUUUUUUUUUUUCUUGUGAUUUACAUACUGUAAAAUAAAUCAGAGAUUUAUUUUGUGAAGGCUAUUAUUUUGCUUAUAUGCAUAUAAAUAUAAAUGAUAUCUGUGUGUUAUAUUUUAACGUUUGAUGCCGUAUGUACUUUUGAUAAAGAUGAUAACAGGGAGUGGGAAUUCUUACUGAAAUGCAGUUGCAGGGAGGCAUAUGAGACAGAUAGCACAUGAAUCUGAUUUUAUUUGAAAUAUCAAGUGCUGCAGUUGUUAAAUGUUUUAGAUUAUGUGUGUAAACUCCAGUAUUUUCUGCCGACCACCCAGCUCCAUUUGGUUUUCGUUGAGCAAACCAUCUAAAUCGGCAAAUCCAUUUACUUUGUUGUUUUGCUUAUUUCAUAUCCCACUUUAAAAUACCCAUAAAACACCUGCGGUAUAUGUUUUUGAGGAAAAUUAGAGCAUUUCAAUAAAAAAAAAAAAUAAAUAAAAAACAUUAAUCACUUUAUUAGGGUUGGGUUUCAUUUGAAUUUUAAUGAUUUUGUACUCGGUUCUGAUUCUUAUCAAUUCCUAAUUUCGAUUCCAAUAAGAUAAAAAUAAAUAAAUAAAUAAAAAUCAAACAUUUAGAUAUCAAACAUAGUUAUUCUGUCUUUUUGAAUGAUAUCUUUUGUUCUUUGAUUAACAUUAAUGACAGGCAGCACGUUUAUUAGGCUGCUGUCACUUUAAGACCGAACACGGCUCCAAAUUACAUGCGUUUUCUUUCUCAUCUGUUUACGUUCACAAAACCGACUGUGUUUAUGAGGAUAUAUUGUCGUAAUUUUGUGUAUAUUGGUCCGUUUGAGCACAAGGAGACACGAAAGAGAAGUCAAUUCCAGCGCGGAACUACAUUUUCUGCAGUGGAAAUGCGUGGAACGGUUAAAGAACGGACACAGGCCGGGGCCAUAACACACAAAACAGCGCGCGAGUACUCAUUUACAUCUUCUUUGCACUUAAAUGGUUUAAAAUCACAUUAAAAUGCAAACACAGGAUUCAUAAAGCAGAAUCGAAAUGCUUGUCUUAUCAAAUCCCCGGUUCUUGGAAAUUUGGAACCGGUUUUCGAUACCCAACCCUACACUUUAUUUACCUCUUAAAUAGGUAAUGAAAUAUUUUCCCUGCCCAUUUUGGUGGCACAUCCAAUGAUUCCCAUAGAGUUGAACAUGCCUUUAUGACUGUGUGUAGUGAGAAUGAAAUGAUCUAAGUGCCCCUCAGACAUCUGAGGACUGAGUUAGACCUCCUUGGAGGUUCAAAUUAGGAGCUACUGGUUUACCAAAGGCCUUACCCUUUAACCCUUUAGUCCAAUUUGAGAUAGACGAGCCAAACUGCAAACAAGGAAUCAAAGUCAAAUCAAGCACUAAUUUUUGGCUUCAGAAAAAUUCAUUUCUUUUCAUCCAAAUAAGAGCCUGGGUUGGUCAGUAGAUCAGUUAUUAAAUAGUGAUUAUAAGUAGAAAUGUUUAUCUAGAAAAAUACAUGUUAACAAAACAAGAAAAAAUAUUGUCAUUUUGUGUGCUCUGCCAAAUGUUCUCGACAGUAUCUUUGCACUGAAGGUUUGCUGAAUGAUGUUGUUUGUCGAGAUAUAGAGAGAAAAAAAAUCAUUAAAGGGAAUGGUGAAUCGCACAGUAGAAUCACAGAUGAAUGAACACUCAUUUAUUAACUCAAUUAGCCUCAGUUUAAUGAUUCCAAAGACGGUUACAAUACGUCUCUGAGUAGAGCAGAAUGAUGCAGUCCUCAAGAGAAUCAUCUAAUGAGAGAGUCCAAAGCUUUGGGCGACGAUACUGUCUUGAAAAUUCAGUUGAUCUGAUAAUAAGCUCAUUGACGUCUUUCAUUCUUGUGCUUUGUAACACACUGUGAUGUAACCAUGGUUGUCCAUUUUUAAAUCUUAACAGUAGUAAAGCUAAGGUAACUGUACUGUGUAUGUUAGUAUCCCAUCUCUCUAACAGGAUCCCUCUCAUGUAAGGGCUUCAUGCUCCACACUGUGAUCUUGUGCUGAUCCACCUGUCCAAAUCAAAGCAACAAAAGGCAAUAAACUAACUCCAUGAAAA